AACAAUGACAGCAUGGAAACAUCGCAAGCGACGAUUGCCCAACGAUCGUAUAAUGGCUGUCGCACCUGCCGCUUGAGAAAGGUCAAGUGCGAUGAGAGCCGCGAUGGCAUUGGUCGAUGCGGUUCAUGUUCGCGUCUGAAUCGCGCUUGCGACUGGACUCGAGAGUGGAAAUUCAUCGAUACCAGUCGUGCCGUUGGGAAGCAGUAUGUCGUACUUGGCAAGAAUCCGCAUCGUGGCAAGCCUGGGCGCGCGACGUAUUUUGCUGGAGAAACGACACAUCCACGGCCUUUGAUGUUUGUCAAUUCCUCUUCGGGCGACCUGGCUGCCACAAUAGCCCCGCCAGAACCUCGGUCACCGAGGACCCAGAAUGAUCGUGAGUCAAGGCCGGCAUCUGACUCUUCGUCCGAGAACAAUGACUCUGACACGCAAUCCGUUGAGCUGGUCCGGAUUGCUGGCGUACCACUGGAUAUGAUGAAUUACGGCACUAGAGCACGCGAUAAUACGAUACAUCCUUUGUUGUUCGACAAGAUCGUGUGCCGCAAAAUCAUGCCGAUGGCCGUCCGCUUCAGACUAAAUAUAGAGGACAAUCAGAAUGUGCUUCUAUCCUCUGCAAAGCAGUUUCUACCACUUCGGCAUGCGAUUUGUGCCAUUACGCUUCUCAACAGUGGCAUGAAAAACCGUCCGGAACUCAUAGCUGGCUCCUUUCAGCACUAUGAUCGAGCGAUAACUGCCUGCCGCUCAAUGUCGCCUUCUGCCAACUCAGAAGCUGUGUUUUUUCUGCAUUUCGUCCUUCUCAUGUACGAUAUUGCUUGUGCAUCUCAGCGAUGGCCUGAAGAUCGCAGUUCGUGGGCUUUGCAUUUGCGCAAACUUGCCAGCCUGGCUCAUGAACCCGCUGGGUCCACAGUCGGUCGGUUGAAAGCGUAUCUGUCAUGGUAUGUCCUUCUCCUAGAUGCUCAAGCAGGUUUUGCCGGAAACCCUGAAGCCGGUCACUACACUCGCGCGUUCCUGGAAAACGGUCGCUCGUUGCCUGUCUGGCCCAUCUCGCGUAGUCAGCANAAAGUCCUCUCGACGCCAGAGGCCAUGGAAACCUUNUUACAGACCCACAAGCUGUCUCUGAUCACAUUCGAAAUGUUUGCCGAGCAGAGCCAGGCAUCACUGAAGCUGCGGAAAACAUUCAAGGACCGGCAGGUUGGAGUGCAAGAAAGACAGAAGGUCAUCCAAGAUCUAACCACUCGCCACGAAGAGCUCUGGCAAGCAAACUGUCCNCCCGGCAUGGAAUCUCUGGAAGACACGAGUGACUUGGGCAUAAUCAGGGGCACCUACAAUUUUGCACGCCUGCAGUACUCAGUACUUCAACUGCACCUGCACACAAGCAUGUAUCCCUAUCAAAGGCUUGAUGGCGAUCCAUUUGCCACAGAAGACGCUCACCACUGCUCCUACAUCAUCGAAACGGUACGCCAGAGCUUCAUCUACAACGACAAGGAGAAUCACCAUCUGGCUCCUGCCCUGUUUCUGGCAGGAGCAGCCACGAAAGUGCCGGCCGAAAAGGCGGCAGCACUCAUGAUGUUGCAGGAGAUGGAGCACGCAGGGCUCUCGGGUGCUGUGGCGCGAGUGCGACAUGUUCUCGAGCUUGUGGUCCGGCAGCAAGCGCAGAGGGAGAUCAGUGGCGGCAGUGCGAACGAAGUGGAUUGGAUAGAGUUGUCCAGAGAGCACGGUCUGAAGAAUGUUGUAUUCGACGGAGAGGAAAUAUCGACAGAAGCUCUUGUUGUGCCAGUCAACAGAGGGGAGAUUCCAGCGCAUGCAUUGCCCCAGGUUUUUUGGUGGAGAGACGCGAAGGAUCAUGGAAGGAUUCGCAACGAGGCAGGGCUGACACAGCGGUCCAUCUCAACCAUCUCGUAUGCCUCAGCGGAGAUAAUAUUAAUACUAGACAUCAACAUCAUCGUGCACAUCACAUUCCAUCACUUCCGUUCAAAAUUCCUGAACUAUCCACCUCAACGUCAACACAAUACAGCACUUACCCGCAACGUCGCCCUUCCACGAACCAUGCCCUCCACCACGUCCACUGCAACAACAUCAGCAACAGACAAAGCAAUAACCUUCUGCAGCAAUGCACACUUCCACCGCAGCAUGAAAAUCCCAGCUACAACCCAACAACCCACCCUGCGCGUAAGUUUUGCAACAUCCACGAACUUCAACUCAAAGGAGUUGCCGGUGAUAUUGUUUUGUCACCCCAUGGGUUGUGCGCGAUACAUAGUUUUCCGGCUCGAGCAUUUGGCUGUGACUUUGGGUGUUAGGGUGGUGGUUAUUGAUCGACCAGGUUUUGGCGGCAGCACAGUGGUACCAGUGAACGAGAGGGUAAAGACAUGGUUAAAGAUGGUGCAAGCUGUGGUGAAGGAGUUGGACAUGAAGACGGUGGCGAUUAUGGCGCAUUCGGCGGGUACUAUAUAUGCAGUCAACACUGCUGUACAUUUAUCGCAUCUGCUGCAUCCUGAGAGGCCUUUUGUGGCGGUUUUUGCACCUUGGGUUCACCCUUCUCACUCCUCAGCGCCUUUGAUGCGUGUAGUGCAUACACUGCCAUCCUCAUGGCUAGGCAACCUCCACACAGUUCAAGGCUUUGUAGCCAAAUACAUAGCNCCCUCUCUCACAUUCUCAGCCGCAAAACUGGGCAUAGAGGAAAGGCUCGACGAAGAGGUUUGUCANAAAGUUUAUGGCACAGAUGCGGAAACUUGGGAGGAAGUGCAGAGGAUACAGCAGAUUUGGCAGAGAGAGGAGGAUAUGAGGGACUGGGGUGUCUAUGCCGAGUUGCCAAAGGCUAUUGAGGCAUUGCAAGGCAUCUACUCUCCUUCUCGUGCUGUUUACGACCACUCCGGCAACGACAACAACAACAACAGCCGCCGACAACUCUCCUUCGUGGCCUACUUUUCAGAAUCCGACGUCAUGAUCGGACAAGGUGGAAAGCGAUACUUUGAAGAUUGCUGGAGAAAAGGAAAUGGAGACGGGAAAAUGCAGUUUACGGCAAAGUGUGUAGCAGAUACUGAUCACGAUAGCAUCGUUUUGGCGGAAAAGGGUGUGUUNGAGGAGGUGUUUAGGGAGGUCAAGAGGUUGUGUGGGUGA